ACAUCCAACCAAGUUUCCUGAACGAUGACAUGAAAACCUUACCACAUAUCCGGGCACUUCAAAAUGGCAGCCUCCAGCGGCAGUGGUAUUUCAGGUGGGACCCGCACUUAUGGUGAUAAACCAAACCCCAUUCGCAUCGAAGAUGGAGGAGAGCUAUACUACAUUGGAUCAGAGGUUGGUAAUUACCUGCGGAUGUUCAGAGGUUCUCUUUACAAGAAAUACCCAUCAUUAUGGAGGAGGUUAUUGUCACCAGAGGAGAGGAAAAACAUAGCACAAAUUGGUGGAAAUCUUCUCGGGUUUGGCCAGCAUACCUUGGCUACCAACAUAACAUUACUGAGAGCAGCAGAGGUGGAUGAGAUCCUGAUGGGGAAUGAUGAUAAAUAUAAAGCAGUCUCUGUCAGCAGUGAGCCAGUGGUCUCCAGGGACAACAAGUCCAAGCGUGGCAGUAACUGGGUUCCAGCUUUACCCAGUACAUCUCACCAUCUGGAUGCUGUGCCAUCUUCCACUCCUAUCAACAGAAAUAGACUGGGGCGAUUAAAAGUCAGAACAUUCCCAAUGUGCUUGGAUGAGACAGACCCUGGUCUGGUCCAUGAGAAUGCCAACCAACCAGAGGUGCUAGUUCCUAUUAGGUUAGACAUGGAGUUUGAUGGGCAGAAACUGAGAGAUUGCUUCACAUGGAACAAAAACGAGACUCUCAUAACACCAGAGCAGUUUGCAGAGAUCUUAUGUGAUGACCUAGAUCUGAAUCCAGUCUCCUUCGUUCCUGCAAUAGCCCAGUCAAUACGACAACAGAUGGAAGCUUUUCCUACUGACAAUCUUUUAGAGGAACAGAAAGACCAAAGAGUUAUUCUCAAGCUCAACAUCCAUGUGGGUAAUAUUUCUUUGGUAGACCAGUUUGAAUGGGACAUGUCUGAAAAAGAUAACAGCCCAGAGGAAUUUGCCACAAAAUUAUGUGCCGAACUUGGUCUGGGAGGAGAGUUUGUGACGGGUAUAUCAUACAGCAUCAGAGGACAGCUCAGUUGGCAUCAAAGAACAUAUGCAUUUAGUGAAUCUCCUCUACCACUAGUAGAAGUGGCCAUUCGCAAUCAGAACGAGGCUGACACCUGGUGUCCCUUCCUGGAGACACUGACAGACGCAGAGAUGGAGAAAAAGAUAAGGGAUCAAGACAGAAACACAAGGCGUAUGCGGCGUUUGGCCAAUACAGCACCAUCAUGGUAAAACUAAAGGUGUAUGAGGACUGUUUAAUCACAUAACGUUGUGAUUUUGUAAAUAUGUAUAGAGACUAAAAUCCAAAAUGUAUACCAAAUAAAAAUGGAAACUUCUGCAUUUUGGUA